AUGGGAAAUACCCAUGAUACUGAAAUAGCCCGUAUUGAAGCCGACUAUAUCCACACAAAGUGGAGAACCACUGGUGAUUACAGAUGGGGCUACUCGAAUGAUAGAGGUCCAGAAACAUGGUGGGUGUAUUACCCUUCUGCUUCCGGGGGCAUGCAAUCUCCGAUUGACCUCAUAACCGAGGAGGUCACCUGGGAUCCCGACCUACAACAACACCCCCUACAAAUUUGCUACAGGGUCGAUACCACCCAAGAUGUCAAUGACGAUGACGAUGAUAACAGUUCCGGAAUGAAUGGGAGCAGUUGUGGUAGAGAGCGUCUGGUUGUGGAAAAUACUGGCAACGCCAUUAAAAUUAAUGUUCUCAACUCUCGCUCAUAUAUGACUGGCGGUCCGUGCAGAAGCCAAAGCUACGUUCUGAACCACAUCGAUCUGCAUUGGGGCGAGACAGACGCCUUCGGGUCGGAACACCUCGUCAACACUCACUCCUCUGCCGCUGAGACCCGUACAAAGUCGCUUCAAUUGGAAUGGCUUUCACCUGUCGGUUGGAUAAUGUGCCACAGAGCCAAUCCAUCAAAUGCACAGCACACGAGCAAAUUUCUUUGUGAGACUUCAUUGCGAACAAGCGAUCUAUCUGACAAUAACUGA